UGGCGCCAUAGUUACUACCUGAGAUCACUAAAACCCUCGAUUCCGACUGCCCCUAAAACCCUAGACUGACGAUGGCUGAGCUCAUCGCUCCCAUGGACAUCGACGGCGACGACACCAACCCCUCUCCUCUCAAACCCAACAACAACAAGGGCAAAAACGUCGUCGUUUCCGACCCCGUCCACGGCGAAGCCACUCCCUGGGUCGAGAAGUACCGCCCUCAGUCCCUCGACGACGUCGCCGCCCACCGCGACAUCGUCGACACCAUUGAUAGGCUGACUAGUGAAAACAGAUUGCCACACCUCCUACUGUAUGGCCCUCCUGGCACUGGAAAGACUUCCACAAUUCUGGCCGUCGCACGCAAGCUCUACGGGCCACAGUAUCGUUCGAUGAUUCUCGAGUUGAAUGCAUCAGAUGACAGGGGAAUUGAUGUUGUGAGGGAACAGAUCCAGAAUUUUGCCGGCACACAGAGUCUUUCCUUUGGUGCAAAGCCACCUGUAAAGUUGAUCUUACUGGAUGAGGCAGAUGCAAUGACUAAGGAUGCUCAGUUUGCUUUGAGAAGAGUUAUUGAAAAAUACACAAAGAGCACUAGGUUUUCUCUAAUCUGUAACCAUGUCAACAAGAUUAUUCCAGCAUUACAGUCAAGGUGUACACGUUUUCGGUUUGCCCCACUUGAUUCAUUUCAUGUGACAGAGCGACUCAAACAUGUUAUAGAAGCUGAAGGGCUUGAUGUGUCUGAGAGUGGAUUAGCAGCAGUUGUACGGCUUAGCAAUGGAGACAUGAGAAAGGCUCUGAACAUUCUGCAGUCUACUCAUAUGGCUUCACAGAAGAUAACUGAAGAUGCAGUUUAUCUUUGCACAGGAAACCCAUUGCCCAAGGACAUUGAGCAAAUAUCUCACUGGCUUUUGAAUGAGUCCUUUACAGAGAGUUUCAAACGAAUUUCUGAUAUGAAAGCAACAAAGGGAUUGGCUUUGGUAGAUAUUGUUAGAGAAGUGACUAUGUUUGUUUUUAAGAUUAAGAUGCCAGCAGAUGUUCGAGUUCUGUUAAUCAAUGAUUUAGCUGACAUAGAGUACAGAUUGACCUUUGGAUGCAAUGAUACAUUGCAACUUGGAUCAAUGAUUGCUACUUUUACGAAAGCUCGCUCUGCACUUGUUGCUGCUGCAAAGUAGCAUUGCUGUGGUCUUUUUAAUGCUGAAGUCUAAGAAUGUGAAGGUGUUAUCUCGUUAGUUUGAAACUUUGAACUGUUAAGACUUCGGCUUUCAUAAUAGUUUUCAACAUGUACUUUGGAUGUGCACACCAUUGUUGAGAUAUCCAA